CUGGCGGCGCCCGAGUGUAUGAGCGUGUGUCGUCCCGCAGCAGCGGCUCGGCGCGGCUUCCAUUCCCGCAGCGAGCCUCCAUCUUAGCGGCGACUUCGGCGGACAAGCAGGUGCAUUCGGACCGGGACUCGGCCCCCCUCCCCUCCCCUCCCCUCAUCACUCGGUGGUCUCGGCGCUAAGCUGUGGAAAUGUUUUGCGGGAUGGCUGCUCUGCGGCAGGACGCGGGCCGCGCCGCGCUACGUGCGUGAGGAUUUCAGGCUGCUUUUGCGGGAACAAUCCCCUGCGAGGACGGAGCGACUUCCGGUGGUCAGGUUGACGGUGAGGAUGUGGCACUGAGCAUGCUGGGAGUCCUGAUCAUUACCAUGGCGACGGUGGGCAGUGGCCAGGCGUGCGGCGCCCAGGACAACUGUUCGGCCGACAGCGACUCCAAGGACUACUGCUACUCGGCCAGAAUCCGCAGCACCGUGCUGCAGGGUCUUCCUUUUGGGGGCGUGCCCACCGUGCUCGCCCUGGACUUCAUGUGCUUCCUGGUCUUGCUCUUCGUCUUUUCCAUCUUACGGAAGGUGGCAUGGGACUACGGCCGUCUGGCGCUGGUCACCGACGCCGACAGCCGAAGACGGGACCGAGAUAACUAUGAACCGGUCAAAAGUGUUGCCUCGGCGAUGCACUCGGACACGCCCGACCGCUACGAACGCCUCACGUCGGUCUCCAGCUCCGUGGACUUGGAACAACGCGACAACGGCUUCUGCUCCUGGCUGACGGCCAUCUUCAGAAUCAAGGACGAGGAGAUACGAGAGAAGUGCGGCGAAGACGCCAUCCACUAUCUGUCCUUCCAGCGUCACAUCAUCGGCCUCCUGGUCGUGGUCGGCGUGCUUUCCGUCGGCAUCGUGCUGCCCGUCAACUUCUCAGGAGACCUGCUGGUACGAAUUAUCAGUAAAGAUCUCUUACUGAUGAACCGAGGAGCGCUGGGACCGCCGUCUAAAGAAGAAAACAACGCCUACAGUUUUGGUCGCACUACCAUUGCCAACCUGAAGUCCGGGACCAACUUGUUGUGGCUCCACACGUCCUUCGCCUUCAUGUACCUGCUGCUCACCGUCUACAGCAUGAGGAGACACACGUCCAAGAUGCAUUACAAGGAAGACGACCUGGUGAAACGCACGUUAUUCAUUAACGGCAUCUCCAAGUACGCCGAAGAGAGUCAGAUCAAACAGCACUUUGAGCAGGCGUAUGAGAACUGCACGGUUCUGGAGGCUCGCAUCUGCUACAACGUGGCCAAACUCAUGUCUCUGAAUGCCGAGAGGAAGAAGACGGAGCGAAGCAAGAAGUUCUUCACGGACCUGAUGGCCAAGGAGCACGUACCCACCAUGAUCAACCCGAAGCCCUGCGGACAUCUUUGCUGCUGCGCCAUCACCGGCUGCGAGGAGGAAGAGGCGGUCAGCUUCUACACCAAGAGGGAGGCCAAGCUAAAGGAGGAGUACAGGAAGGAGAAGGAGAAGGUCCACACCAAGCCUCUGGGCAUGGCUUUCGUCACCUUCCAGAACGAGGCCAUGACCGCAAUCAUCCUGAAGGACUUCAACGCGUGUCAGGUUCAAGGCUGUCGAUGUCGCCAGGAGCCUCGCUUGUCGCAGUUUAGCGACGUUCUUCACGUGCACAACUGGAACGUCUCGUACGCGCCCGACCCGCAGAACGUGCGCUGGGAGCACCUUUCUCUGGGCGGAGUCUCCUGGUGGAUCCGCUGCUUGAUCAUCAACUGCAUCCUCUUCAUCCUGCUCUUCUUCCUCACCACGCCCGCCAUCAUCAUCUCCACCAUGGACAAGUUCAACGUCACCAAGCCUGUGGAGUACCUCAACAACCCCAUCGUCACCCAGUUCUUUCCGACGCUUCUCCUCUGGGCCUUCUCUGCCCUGCUGCCCACCAUCGUCUACUACUCGGCCUUCUUUGAGGCUCACUGGACCAGGUCUGGAGAAAACCGGACUACGAUGCACAAGUGCUACACCUUUCUGAUCUUCAUGGUUCUUCUGCUGCCCUCGCUUGGACUCAGCAGUUUGGACGUUUUCUUCCGAUGGCUUUUCGAUAAAAAGUUCCUGGCCGACGCCACUGUCCGCUUUGAGUGCGUCUUCCUGCCGGACAAUGGAGCGUUUUUUGUCAACUACGUGAUCGCGUCAGCCUUCAUCGGGAACGCCAUGGAUUUGCUGCGUAUUCCGGGACUGCUCAUGUACAUGAUCCGACUGUGCCUGGCUCGUUCGGCAGCCGACCGCCGCAACGUGAAGAGGCAUCAAGCAUACGAGUUUCAGUUUGGAGCGGCGUACGCAUGGAUCAUGAACGUCUUCACCGUAGUGAUGGCCUACAGCAUCACAUGUCCCAUCAUCGUGCCCUUUGGUCUGAUGUACAUGCUGCUCAAGCACCUGGUGGACAGGUACAACAUGUACUACGCUUACUUGCCAUCCAAACUGGACAAGAAAAUCCACUCGGGCGCAGUCACGCAGGUGGUGGCCGCUCCCAUCCUCUGCCUCUUCUGGCUGCUCUUCUUCUCCACUAUGCGUACCGGUUUCGAGACACCGACAUCCAUGUUCACGCUGGUGGUUCUGGUGGUGACCAUCGUGGUGUGUUUGUCCCACGUGUGUUUCGGACACUUCAAGUACCUUAGCGCUCACAACUACAAGAUCGACACCAAGGACUCUGACACGGAAGCGGUGGAGAACGGACGUCCGCCCCGCACAUCGGCUUCACCCCCUUCCAAGUCUCAGCAGAUGUACAUCGCUCAGGUGCUUCAGGACCCAAACUCGGACGAGCCCGGCGGCGGCGGUGAGGAAGACCGGGCCUCGUCCCAGGAUGAAGAGAUGCUAAACGGAGGGAACAACAUCAACGAGGCGGAUUUCCAGUCAGGGGAGGACAGUCUGAUUGCAAACGAGGUCCGCCAGUAGCUGGGGGUGGAGCUCGAGGGAGGGGGCGGAGACAGUCAGGAGUCCCCGUGCUGGCCACCACGCGAUGUUAGCCGACGCCUCGUUGCACUCGUGGUUGGCUCCUCCCCUUCCUAGCCGGAAGACUUGACCCUGAACUUGGACGUCAGCGCCAAAGUGCAAUAGUGCAUCGAAUGGAAAAAAAAAACCUUUUCUCGGCUUUUCUUGACGGCUGAGGGUCAAAGUUCACGCUCUGUGGACGCCAGUGACUCUGGACCGUCCACCGCCAUUGUCGCUCCUCGCGACAUCUCGCCGCCAUCUGUCGUCGUGAUAGAAGCUUCGCUCACGCCGCUCGCAGUCUUGUGUUUUUUCUUUUGUUUUUUUUUUGUUUUUUUUUAACCAUGAGGAGUUCUCUGCAUGUCAGUCCGGACUCGACGUCUGGAACCACCUUGGAAAAUCACAUCGGACUCUUUUGACCAUUUUCUCGGUGCUUCUUUUCACGUGCGUGCUGACGUGCACUAUGAAGCUUUCACAAAACAAAAAAAAAUCCUUCCUUAUUUCCUUCCUUGCUUCCUUUUGUAGUUAAAGGAGAAACGGCGUCCCGGUCUUUACUUCGUGUUGAGCGUGUUAGCUUAGCUUAGCACCAUAACGGCAAGUACUGGAACUUGAGCCUUACGUCACCUGGCUGAAGGAACACGUUAUGACUUGCAUGUUUGUGAUGCUUUCGAGGACAUUUUGAGCGCUUCUAUUCACCCGCUAAGCUAGGUUAACGGCACUUAUUUUAUUUCUUUUUUUUCUUUUUUUUUUGUCUUCACUUCGGCGAGCUAAAUGGUCGGCACCUUGAAUUUUCCUUGCUCAUCCAAGCUAACGUCUGCGACAACAUACACAAAAGGGUUUUUUGUUCAGUUACAAUCCUCCCAAGUUAAGAAUGCAGCAAAGUUCAUCACUAUCCCUCCCAUGAGUGGUUGCCAUGGCAGUGGAAACAGGAAGUGAUGGAGAGCGCGCACACAAAUUCUUACCGGUUGCCGGUUAUUUAAAUAGAUGUCUCAGGUGUUGUUUUUUUUCCCUCAAAAAUAUGUUUACAUCCCUUUUUGUUGCUUUAUUUUCUUUGUGUGCGCGUGUGUGUGUACGCAGAGCUAAACUGUGAAAGCUGUAGUCGCCGACACUGAAGGACAAGGGCUGGGGGGGGGGGUCUACAAGCUGGAGAAGCUGCUGUGUGUUGGCCGAUUGUGGACUUCCUGCUGUGAUUGUAGACCUCGUUCAUGACGUCUCCAUGGCAACAUGUUUGCCGUUUCCUGCUUCACAAUAAAAGCCGCGUUUGCGCUUUAUUGCGAAGGGAGAGGAAAUGGAAAACAUUGGGAAUUUGAAUUCCGAGUCUUCAGGAUUGAAGUCAGAAUGACGAGGGACGAUGCAAAAGGGAAUGUUUUGGUUAGCUUCUGAAGCUAGCUGCUUCUUUGCUUUUCUUUCUUUCGGAAUGAUUGAAGACUUCAAACAAACAAAAUGUCCAACUAUGUGGAAAAAAAUGUGUGUAAAUACAAAGUAGAUGUCAAAGUGCACUAAACGCCCACAAUGUGGCGUCUCGUCUCACUCAUGCUAACAUUUUAUUUAUUGCUGUGACUAUUUAUUUUCACUUGUAUGGUUAUUUAUGUCAAUUGAUCAAUAAAAUGUCUCUCGUCA